UCCUUGCAGCUGGUAUCAGUGUGUUUUGGAUAAUACGCUCCAGAAGGAUAGGAAGAACAGUACAACUUAGAGACAUUCUUGUAAUAAUGUAUUAUUUCAUGUAUAAUAGCAGACUGUUUAAUGUGCUGAUCCUUGCUAUUUAUUCCCAACUCUUUGCCUGGAUGAACAACACAUUAAAAUUCGAAUAUUCAAUUCUGAUUUCCAUAGCCAGUUUGGGAAUGUGUGCCUGUAUAAAUAUCAAGGAUUAUUUAUUUUAUUAUGAAGAAAAGCGCUUGGAGGGAUUUUUCUAUAUUGCUCAGAAAAUCCUUUUGGGGAUUUUUUUCAUGCUUUAUUUAAUAUUAAAUUUCCUGUAUCUAAGUGUGAUUCUAGAAAAUGACAAAGGACGACCUGUAAAGAUCUGUGAGUUUGUGUUCAUCUACAUUCUGACUGUCACAUUGCUCUUUCUGUUCUGGCAUCGGGAACAUUUACUUGCCAAACCCCGUAAAUAUAUAUAUUUCUCAGGGGCUUUUGGUCUCCCUCUCCUGAAUUCUGUUUCCCUGGCUGUAGCAUUAAAACUCAAAGCAGACACAGGAAAACAGCCAGUGGAUCUACGGCUGAUUGUCCUGAUUUCUGGGUCUAUCUUCCUAUUUAGCUGGUUUGUUAUAGAGAUGUCUGCAUACUGGUUGGCCAAAAAAGAAAAAAUAAAAGAAGAGUUGGGCUUGGUUGAGAGACACCACGAUGCUGAGCUGGACCUGGGUGUCAACAUACCCAGCAGACUCUCCGGCCCUGACACAAGGGUCGUUUCGCUUGGAGCUAUGCGGCUCCUAACAGCUCAUCUGCUUUGGUCACCCACGUGGGCCUCUCCAGCUCUGGGCUGUUGCCACACACAGCCCAUGCAACAGGGAUCACAUGACAAUGAGGAGACUGAAGCAUUGUCCCCCACUGAUCCCAAUGGACCAAACACAGAGGAGACCCGCUCCCGUCCAUGACUCUCCCAUCUCACCAAGUCCUGCGCUCCCCGCCUCUUGUUCCUUGUCAGCUUGUGUCAUCGUUGGACGGACUUCACUGGCAUCGACCCCGGACCACGCACCUAGACCACGAUACCUGCGCGCCGUCUCUGUACUUCUGCACCGGCUCUCCGAGUGGGAGACCCCACUCGCGUCAGCAGCCCUCGCCCGUACCAUCGGGGCAGGAAAGCCGGUUUCGCCACGUAGAACGGGAUUGUUCUCCCCCCGUGACUGUAACCUGCUCUUCCCAUUAAACCCCUCUGGUCCCUGCAUUUCUGAAUCUCCGCCUCUUUACUGGCUAAAGGGUGACAUUAAUGGUAAGUGUCCCUGUUUUUGCUGUUGCAGGGACACUUACCAUUAAGUGGAUAUAUUUUUACAACAGCAAAAACAGGGACACUGAAGUUCAGUUUAUAUACCAGAUGGAUAUACGAAAGUAUUUUGAAAGAUUGAGGGAGAAGCAGGAGAGCGGCAGGGGAGCUGAUGCUGAGGGAGCAUGAUUAAGACUGGAGGUUUACAUUUAAAGAGAUUAUUUGUUUUGUUGUUGUCGUCGUUUUCUUCAGGGUGGAGCCUUCUAGAUUAAUGAGAUAAUAACAUUAAAGAAGCCUGUUUAGGUUUGGUGAAAAAUUUUCAGCCCUCUAUACACGCUAAUUCCUUCCUACAACCCUGGAGGCUAAGCCCCCCUUGUCUUUCAAUCCUAGUGACGUCCCUGCUGUAUGCAUUUCAUUCAUACUGUAGCACCGGGUGGACCAAGGCAUCACAAGCAUAGUGAAGGAUGAGGAGACUUGCUUGCCAGAACAGAAUACGCUUUUUAUUGUAGUGCUUAACAGGACUGUAACAGGCACUCAGCAAACACCGAACCCAAAUACACACAGCAGAAGCACAAGGUGGUCAGACACUGAACUGUAUGGUGCCCACACGGUGAGAGAUUUAUACAAUCUAAGAACACGUGAGGAUUGCACAGGGAACACACAAGACACAGGAAAACAUACACAACAUGAUUGGGAAGGCAACUAUGACUAUAACAACAAUACAAGGGCUAUUUACAAUUACAGACCAGGGCUAUUUACUGUACAUAGCCCACAAACAUGCUGGGAUAAGCUGACCCCCACUGGCUCUACAAUACUGAGCCAGUAUUGGGAUGUUAAUCUUUUUAAUUAUUUGGUCACAUUAAAAUAAGUCCUGUAACUAGGUGGUAUACUGAAUACCUUGAUAUGGUUACUACACUAUUUGUUUGACAAAAAAAAGUAAUAAAAUGUAUCACCUGACACACUUUUGCAGGGGUCACAUGACAAUCAGGAGAUGGAGGCAUCAUCACCUGCUGAUCACAAAUAACCAAACACAGAGGAGGUAUUACUGAGAGAAAAAUACAGAAGGCUGAAGGAUUUAUAGAGUUUAAUUUUAUAUUUUGCCUACAGUCCCAGGUUUUCCAGAUUCUAUUGGAUCAUCUUGUGUGAGCAGUCAUCAGAUUAUUGAUGACUUUUUGCAGUUAACUAUCUGAAGACUUGAAGGACUUUGCUGGGUAGAAAAUAAACAUUUCUAGGACCAGCUGCACAUGUAUAUAAGCAGAUGUUCAUCUGCAGAGGAGAACCCUGAGAAGGACCAUUAUGUUGUAUCUAUAGUCAGUCACCUGAAGAUAAAGUCGACUGUUAAGAUCAAUAUAGGGUCUUUCAUGUCAUCCUGCUUUUUCUAAUCUGAACUCUGUAUAUUAUACUGGUGUUACAUGGCAUUUUAUGUGUCUAAGAAUAUCUGCUUAGCAUAAAAGCUUGAUUAUUUCAUUUGAAGAGACACUGCUUAGUGAAACAAUGUACAGUGGUACCUCAGUUCUCGAACUCAUUGGAACUCGAAUUUCUUAAAAGUCGAACCAACCAGUUUGAAAAUAAAAUUACCUAGAGCUCGAUCUGAAUCUCAGAAGUCAA